ACCCUCACUUCCUGUGUGUCUCUUGUCUCCUCUCUGUGCGUUUCAGAGCCAUGGGUUUUGUUCAGAGAGCUAUGGUUAUGUUCUUCUUGGUUAUGGCAUCCUUGGAGAUCUCCUUGGCUGCUGAGUAUAAGGUUGGGGAAUCUACUGGCUGGACAACUCUUGGAAACUAUAACUACACUGCCUGGGCUGAGAGUAAGACCUUCCGUGUUGGGGACAUCAUCAUUUUUGAGUAUCAUAAGGAACGCCACAAUGUGUUGCGAGUGGCAGAACCGAACUUCCAAGCCUGCAAUGCUUCGUCCCCUCUGGUCACCUACAUGAGUGGCAAUGACUCUAUUCUCAUCAACAAGACUGGUCAUCACUACUUCCUCUGUGGCAUUCCCGGACAUUGCCUGAGUGGACAAAAGGUUGAUAUCCACAUUCCUAAUAAAUCUUCUAUAGCCACGGCUCCUUUUGGUUCUCCUGCUGCUUCUCCCACUCCGAAGAGCAGUGCUCCUUAUCCGUCCAAGGGGCUUCUGGGUAAGUUUGGGAUGCCUGUGUUGGCCUUAAGUUUUUGUGCUUCUGUGUUUGUUUAUUAGGAGAGUUUGCAAUAUUCUGUUAGCCUGUUGGGGUUUAUAUGUCGAGGACGUUGCUGUUGCUUUAGUGUUGGGAUUGUUAUUAUAUUGAAACAUAGUAGGAUGAUUUUUCUUCAAUUUUUACCAGUUCUUUGUUUGUAAAUUGGGUCUGACAGCAUUUUUACUUUCAAGUUGUUGAGUAAUCCAUGAAGCUUAUAUGUUCAA